CUUGGAGUAACACGUCAGUAUAGCAGUGCAAAAACCGGCUGAUAGGAAGAGAAUACCCGCAGUCCAAUCUCGUUCGCUUUCCUUAUGUCGGUUUUUUAAGCAACACAUGCUGUAAUUUAUUGUAAAUAGAAUCAUCUAUUUUCUCAUUAUCACGACCCGGACAACGAUCCAGUAUUAAAGCUUACUGAUGGCCACCUAUCAGGAGUUCAUCCAACAGAAUGAGGACAGGGAUGGGGUGAGAUUCAGCUGGAACUUCUGGCCCUACAGCCGACUGGAGGCAACCAGGCUUGUGGUGCCGGUCUCUUGUCUCUUCACACCCAUCAAGGAGAGGCCUGACUUGCCCCCAGUCCAAUAUGAACCUGUCAUGUGCAGCCGAGCUAACUGCAAGGCAGUACUCAAUCCAUUGUGUCAAGUUGACUUCCGAGCAAAGAUUUGGGCGUGCAACUUUUGCUUCCAGAGAAACCCGUUCCCUCCUUCUUAUGCAGGAAUAUCAGAAGUGAACCAGCCAGCUGAACUCAUGCCCCAGUUUUCCACCAUUGAGUACAUAGUACAGCGUGGAGCCCCAGCUCCCCUGAUCUUCCUCUAUGUGGUAGACACAUGUUUGGAAGAAGAGGACCUCCAGGCUCUAAAGGAGUCACUUCAGAUGUCCCUCAGUCUUCUGCCUCCCAAUGCUUUAGUAGGCCUCAUCACAUUUGGACGCAUGGUCCAGGUUCACGAGCUCAGCUGUGAGAUGAUCUCCAAAAGCUAUGUGUUCAGGGGCACCAAGGAUCUCACCUCUAAACAGAUCCAGGAGAUGCUGGGUUUAACCAAGCCAGCAGCAACAGGACAGCAAGGACGCCCUCCUGCACCUCAAGAUGUCGCAGCCUCUUGCAGAUUCCUUCAGCCUGUGCACAAAGUUGAUAUGAACUUGACUGAUUUACUGGGGGAGCUUCAGCGAGACCCCUGGCCAGUUCCUCAGGGUAAACGGCCUCUCCGUUCUACUGGCGUUGCUCUGUCUGUUGCUGUUGGUCUGCUCGAGGGCACAUUUCCCAACAUUGGUGCUCGCGUGAUGCUGUUCAUCGGCGGACCCCCCACUCAGGGACCUGGCAUGGUGGUGGGAGACGAACUGAAAACCCCCAUCCGCUCCUGGCAUGACAUCCAGAAGGAUAACGCUCGCCACUUGAAAAAGGCUACCAAAUACUAUGAAGCCCUGGCCAACAGAUCAGCAGUAAAUGGCCACAGUAUUGAUAUCUAUGCCUGUGCUUUGGACCAGACGGGACUGUUGGAGAUGAAGUGCUUAUCUAAUCUUACUGGCGGCCACAUAGUGAUGGGAGACUCCUUCAAUACUUCGUUGUUCAAGCAAACCUUCCAAAGAGUUUUCAACAAAGACUAUAAUGGAGACUUCCGCAUGGCCUUUGGGGGCAUCAUGGAGGUCAAGACUUCGAGAGAGCUGAAAGUUUGCGGGGCCAUUGGACCUUGUGUUUCGCUGAAUUCUAAGGGCUCCUGCGUAUCUGAGAAUGAGAUGGGUGUUGGCGGCACAACCCAGUGGAAAGUGUGCAGUCUCAACCCUUCCACCACUUUGGGCAUUUAUUUUGAAGUUGUGAAUCAGCACAAUGCACCAGUGCCACAGGGGGGCCGAGGUGCAAUCCAGUUUGUAACCCAGUACCAGCACUCCAACACUCAGAGAAGGAUAAGGGUUACAACCAUUGCCAGGAACUGGGCAGAUGCACAGUCUCAAAUUCAGCACAUUGAGUCGUCCUUCGACCAGGAAGCAGCCGCUGUGCUCAUGGCUCGUCUGGGAGUGUUCCGAGCCGAGUCAGAGGAGGGGCCUGAUGUCUUACGUUGGCUUGACAGGCAGCUUAUUCGCCUGUGUCAGAAGUUUGGUCAGUUCAAUAAAGACGACCCUACAUCCUUCAAACUGUCCGAGUCCUUGUCACUUUACCCCCAGUUUAUGUUCCACCUGCGGCGAUCUCCCUUCCUGCAGGUGUUCAACAACAGCCCAGAUGAGUCGUCCUAUUACAGGCAUCACUUUGUCAGGCAGGACCUGACACAAUCGCUCAUCAUGGUCCAGCCCAUCCUCUAUUCGUACUCCUUUCAUGGGCCACCAGAGCCUGUGCUUCUGGACAGUAGCAGCAUUUUGCCAGAUCGAAUCUUAUUGAUGGACACGUUCUUCCAGCUGGUUAUCUUCCAUGGAGAGACCAUAGCUCAGUGGCGAAAGGCCGGUUACCAGGAAAUGGCUGAGUAUGAAAACUUCAAACAGCUUCUGCAGGCUCCUCUAGAUGACGCGCAGGAGAUUCUGCAGACACGCUUCCCCAUGCCACGCUACGUUGACACGGAGCAUGGAGGUUCACAGGCCCGCUUCCUGCUCUCAAAGGUCAACCCUUCCCAGACGCACAACAACCUCUACGCCUGGGGACAGGAAUCGGGGGCGCCCAUCCUCACUGAUGACGUCAGUCUGCAGGUCUUCAUGGACCACUUGAAGAAGCUGGCUGUGUCCAGCUCGGCAUAGACAUCGCUCCUGUACGUCCCACCCCAACGUGACAAAACACAAGGAAUCGUGAUAAGACAUUCCAGUGUAGCUGUUAACAUCCGUAAGCAUUUCUUGUUGGUUACCAUCAUGUCUCCUCUAAAUGUUCACUUGGUUUUAUCGGCCGCUGCCACGACCACAUUUUCAUAAACGUUACCUGCUAAACUACAUCGAAUUAUCCUAUUUUAUAUUUGAUAUGAACUUUAACAUGCAUAUUGAUUUCCUUGUUUUGUGUGUGUGUUUAUCCGAAAGGCGUAUCAACUACAGUACACCUAAAAUUUCUGGUAAAUAAGAUGCUUCCAAUUGUGUGUGCUUUGUCUACGAUUAAACAAAAUGAAGAGUAGACGUACAGUAUAUCCUUAAUAAAUUGUAACACAA